AUGUCUGGCAAGCUCGACAAGUCUUUGGACGAGAUCCUCGUCAACCGUCGUCAGGGUGACCGCCGCCGUUCUCGCCGUUCGGCCCCAUCCAAGCCUGCUGCCAGUGCUGUCCCGGUUGGAGGAGUGAAGAAGACUACAAAGGCUGCCAAACCUGCUGGAAAGACCGCUCAGGCCGGUCACCCAGCUUCCACUGAGAGCAAGAUUAUGGUCAGCGGCUUGCCUUCCGAUGUGAACGAGGCCAAUAUCAAGGAAUACUUCACCAAAUCCGCAGGACCUGUCAAGCGAGUCAUGCUCACUUACAACCAAAACGGCACGAGCCGCGGUAUCGCGUCUAUCGUUUUCAGCAAGCCCGAUACUGCCGGCAAGGCUGCCAAGGAUCUUAACGGACUUCUCGUUGAUGGAAGACCCAUGAAGAUUGAGGUUGUUGUGGAUGCGUACCAUGCUCCCCAAGUCCCCGCUCCCAAGCCCCUCAGUGAUCGUGUCGCACAGAACAAGUCUCAGCCUAAGCCGGCAACAGCCGCCAAACCCGCUGGCGCUGGUAAACAGCGUGGCCGUCGCCCCCGUGGCCGCAACACGAACCGCCCCAAGCCCAAGACCGCUGAGGAGCUCGAUGCCGAUAUGGUUGAUUACUUCGCUGCUAACGAGAACUCCGGUCCUACCGAGGCCAGUGCCCCUGUGAAUGGGAAUGCUCAGCCUCAGACCAAUGGUGGUGGCGAGGACACCGGCAUGGCUGAAAUUUCUUAA